GACGACGGAAACCGGCUAAACAUGUCUCCAAGUUCAAGUACAAGAAAUUUUCGCAAAUUAUACUUAUUUUACUACUAAACUCUCGUUAUUAUGUUGAACAUUAAGAGAGGAUAGUAGCUGUACCUGGUAUCAACAUUUUCUUAAUUGGAAACAACUCCAGUUUUGAACAAGAUGGCUACUGAAACAAGUUUUAAUACUUCAUUUCACAACUUCCUAAUUGCUGGCGGAAUUGCAGGAAUUUCUGUGGAUGCUGGACUUUUCCCCCUUGAUACUAUUAAAACAAGGUUACAGAGUCCUGAUGGUUUUGUAAAGUCAGGAGGGUUUCGUGGAGUUUAUUCUGGACUUGGGACAGCUGCUUUGGGUUCAGCACCAACUGCGGCACUAUUUUUUUGUACUUAUGAAAAUACCAAACGAUUACUGAAUAGUAAUGGCUUUUUCACUAUUUGGCAGCCAAUUGUUCAUAUGACCAGUGCUGCGUUUGGUGAAGUUACAGCAUGCUUAAUACGCGUUCCGGUCGAGGUAGUGAAACAAAGACGACAAGCAGGAUUCCACUCCUCCAGCAAACAUAUUUUUCGGUCAAUCCUACAGCUAGAAGGAAUCGCUGGCUUGUAUAGGGGUUAUAUGACAACCGUUCUCCGCGAAAUUCCAUUUUCAUUUAUUCAGUUUCCUCUUUGGGAGGGGAUGAAAUCCUUUUGGUCAGACGCACAAGGACGACCAGUCAGCCCAUGGCAAUCUUCUGUUUGCGGCGCUGUUUCGGGAGGAAUAGCCGCAGCUGUUACAACACCCCUCGACGUGGCUAAGACAAGAAUAAUGUUGGCCGACCCGGCUAGUAUUGAAGCGGGUGGAAAACUCAGCCUAGUUUUGAGAAGCAUUUACUUUGCUCAAGGAAUCAAAGGACUUUUUGCUGGAAUCGUCCCACGUGUUCUUUGGAUAUCAAUCGGAGGAGCAAUAUUUCUCGGAGUUUACGACAAAGCCUUGGUUACCCUUAAUUCAUGACCGGAUCCUUGACUUCAUUGGCAGUUUACUCACAGGAAACCCAAAAUUGUAACAUGUUUAGUUGGCUUGAAUUUUUACCGAAUUAAAUCUGCCAUUUUUAAAUUACGUUUGAAUUUGCAAUCAAGAAAAGGAUUUUGUUGUUGCACUUGGUUGUUGCAAUCAUUCAGCAGGAAAUGUCUUGUUAAGAUAAUUCAUGUCUUCAGUAAUAUAGAUUGCUCUAUUAGAA